CACGCAUGCGCAGCGCCUCCGCUCUGCUCAUCCACAUCAGCGGCCGCGUCUGAGAUCCAGCGGACCGAUGAGCACGUGGACGCGCAGUGAGACCCGCGACCACUGCGGCCAGGAGGGUAAGACCGUGUCCGUCAGCGGGUGCAUGAAGUCGGUUCCGAGUGGAAAAUAGAAAGCUGCUGCAUGUGGUGUGCAAGGUGUGAUGGCCGGGGUCUCUGGCUCGGGAGCAGAAUCCUCUGGGCGUGAGGCGGGUUCGAGCUGUCUCCAGUUCGGCGUGCGUUCCUACCUGCACCACUUCUACGAGGGGUGCUCGUCCCCCGCGCGGCGGGAGAAAGACCCCGAGGAUCGGCGUCGGGCCCGGAGGCCGAGGUCAACGCUGUGGUGGAAGUCUCCAGUCUGGAAGGUGUACCUGGCCCUGGGUCUGCCCGUCCUGACUGCAGGCAUCGCCAUCCUGUCCGUCGGCUACUCCACGCCCCACAGAAUCGAGUCGUUCGGGGAGGGCGACCUGUUUUUUGUGGACCCCCAGGCGGUGAGCUUCAACAGGGGGCUGCGCCUGAGCGCCGCGGCAGGGAUCGGCCUCUCCUGUCUCGGAUCGGCCCUGGCGGCCAUGGGGUUGGUUUUCUUGGUCCUCCCCGGGGCCAGUUUGAAAGAGAGGCUGUUCCACGGACCGCGGGAGGGGGGCCGGAGAGGAGAGUCUGGCUCCAAACGGAAGAGACCCCCAAGGGAUCCCAGGGCUGUGGUCACUAAGCCUCCAGGUGUAGAAGAGGGGAAGAUACCCGUCACCGCGUCCAGAGCAGAACAUCUGCAUCCCUCCUCUUAGAGCAGAUCCCCACUGAGCUUCUGUUCUGGUCCUGGGGCCUCGUUUACCUCGUCCUGUUAUCGGCGUCAUUCCAGCACGCACCAUUUAAAAUGGUGAAUUCAUUUAUUCACAUGGAGGAGCUGCGGGGAUGAAUUCAACUUUCAACACCUAUAUGGUUUAAAAAGCACAACUCGAUCUGAAUAGAUCUUUAAUACAUUCCAAUUAAAACGUAUAAAUAAGGCCCCAAGACUUAAGCCAGACACCUCUUUGCUCUAUUAAAACCUUGUUUUGCAGCAUCAGGAUGUAAUGGUGGACAGUAGACGUGUGUUUCUGUGUACUAGCGUUUUAUUCCACUAUAGUGAGUAAUGUCCACCGACGAUCAACCGUCCGCAUCACAUGUUUUCACCUUCCCCUUUGUUUGUUUUUGGUAGUUUUACUGAAAAUAGUUUUUAGCAUCUGUUUUGUUUAAAUAGUAGUUCAUGUUCAUCCUUUAUCCGACGCACAAAUUACACCAGAUGCUGAAAAACACAUUAUUAACAAUUCCGUUUGCCCAUCUUCACACGGCUCCACUAAUGCUGCAGCUGCUGCAUUCAACAUGCGCACAGCCGCCCACACACACACGCACACACACACACACACACACACACACACACACACACACACACACACACACACACUCAUGCUCCAUUGACAAUAUCACCUCUUUUCUCUGCACUGUAAUCUUGCUCUGUAAUUGCCUGCGACGCGUCUCCAGGCAACAGUCGGACCACUAGCGCUCCGCUUCCAACCGCGAACAAAGGCCCUUUUCCGAUUGGUCCGCAGCUUGGCUUCUCUCUGCUUUCACACCAAUCAGGGCGUUUGUUUACAGGCGCGGGCGGCGAGGGCCGAAGCGCUGGGAAGCAUUUGCAGCGGCUACCUGCUUGAUUAAGAAGAAUACAUACUGUAUAUACAUGUUUAACAGUAAAAUAGAGUAAUCUUGAUGUCCUGAUUGGUUAACUGCACAGGUUUUUAUUGAUGUUUAAUUGUUCUGAUGUGUUAAUCUUCAUGAGGAAGAUACAUAAUUAAAGUGUCACUAAUGUAAAACAAAUAAACUGCAACUGAAUGUU